CGCUCCUCCGUGCGCCCUGCGUUGAGCGGCGAGCGGACACGGUCAGAGCAGGGUAAAGGCAUAGCAGACAGCACCAUGACUGCAACCAACAACACCUACGAUGUUAUAGUGGUCGGCGCGGGCAUAUCAGGUUUGAGCGCAGCAAAGCUGCUGAAAGCCAGCGGGCUGAAACCUGUAGUGCUGGAGGCCAGGGAUCGGGUCGGUGGCCGUACCUUCACCGUGCGGAACAAGGAGACAAAGUGGGUCGAUCUGGGCGGGGCCUACAUCGGACCAACUCAGAACCGCAUCCUACGGUUGGCCAAAGAGUACGGCAUAAAGACCUACAAAGUCAAUGAGAAGGAGAAUCUGGUGCAUUAUGUCAAUGGAAAGUCUCACCCAUUCAAAGGCUCCUUUCCUCCCAUGUGGAACCCUCUCGUCUUGAUGGACUUCAACAACCUCUUUAGGACGAUGGAUGAGAUGGGGAAAGAGAUUCCUAAAGAAGCACCCUGGAGAGCUCCACAUGCCGAGGAGUGGGACAAGAUGACCAUGCACCAACUCUUAGAAAAGAUCUGCUGGACCAGUGCUGUUCGUCGCUUUGCCACACUGUUUGUCAACGUGAAUGUAACAUCUGAACCCCAUGAGGUGUCGGCUCUGUGGUUCCUCUGGUACAUCAAACAGUGUGGUGGAACCAUGAGGAUCUUCUCCACCACUAACGGAGGACAGGAGAGAAAAUUUGCAGGUGGCGCGGGUCAGGUCAGUGAGUGCAUGGCCAAAGAGUUGGGUGACCACGUGAAGCUGGGGUCGCCCGUCUACAGGAUCGACCAGACCGGUGACAUGGUGGUGGUGGAGACGAUGAACAAGCAGACCUACACAGCCAGGUAUGUGAUCAUGGCUACUCCCCCCGCUAUGAACCUGAAGAUGCACUUUAACCCUGAGCUGCCCCCGCUGAGGAACCAGCUGAUCAACCGUGUCCCCAUGGGCUCCGUCAUCAAGUGCAUGGUCUACUACAAAGAGAACUUCUGGAGGAAAAAGGGUUAUUGUGGCAGCAUGGUGAUCGAGGAGGAGGGAGCUCCCAUUGGACUGACGCUGGAUGACACAAAGCCUGAUGGGAGUGUGCCUGCCAUCAUGGGAUUCAUUCUUGCUCGCAAGACCAGAAAGCUGUGUGACCUGACCAAAGAAGAGAGGUUAAAGAAAAUCUGCGAGAUUUAUUCCAAAGUGCUGGGCUCAGAGGAGGCUCUGCAUCCAGUGCACUAUGAGGAGAAGAACUGGUGUGAGGAGGAGUACUCUGGAGGCUGCUACACAGCCUAUUUCCCCCCAGGAAUCCUCACUCAGUAUGGCAGAGUGCUGAGGGAGCCGGUGGGCAGGUUGUACUUUGCAGGCACAGAGACGGCCACAGAAUGGAGUGGAUACAUGGAGGGGGCAGUACAAGCUGGAGAGAGAGCAGCCAGAGAGGUCAUGUGUGCCAUGGGUAAAAUUCACCAGAGUCAGAUCUGGAUGUCAGAGCCGGAGAAUGAGGAAGUUCCAGCACUCCCGUUUGAAACCACCUUCUGGGAGAGGAAUUCACCUUCAGUUGGGGGUUUUUUCAAGCUCAUGGGAGUUUCUACCUUCCUGUCUGUUGCUGUUGCAGCAGGCCUGGUGGCCUACAAGAAGGGCCUCCUGCCACUGAGUUAAACUGCCCACACUGGUCAUCUCAUCAUCUCAUCUGCAUCUCAAGGGAACACAACUCACUAGAAACUAUAUUCAUGCACUUCAGGUUCACUACUUUAUGCCCUGAGCUACAACUUGUGAACAGACUACAUAGGGUUUAGAAAGAAUUUUCCUUUUUUAAAUUUUUCUUUUUAUUUUCUUUUUUCAACACUGUGCUAUGUAAGAGACUGUUCAUUUCAUGCAAAAAUGAAGAAAAUAAAGCAGUGAUGGGCUGGCAA